CCCCAACCCAUCAAACUGGACAUGCUUGCACGGAAGUAGCUCUCACCUCUGCCGUUCGAAGCAUUCUUUUCCCUAAAAAAAUGUUUUUUUUUUCAUCGCGCUUUAACUUGAAAUUCAUCAAUAAGCCCCGAAAUUUAACGGUUUUAAAUGGUUCAAUACCUUGAUGAGAAGUGAGAAAAGUGCUCGUAAUUGUUAUAGCUAUCUUCGUCACAUCGAAAGCUGCCAUCGUUUUGGACAUUAACGGAGUAUUUUAUCAUUUCUUGAUCAUUUUUUUUCUUAUUAAAGUCAAAAUGCACCGGAGAGGCGUUGGGGCUGGCGCCAUCGCCAAAAAGAAGCUAGCCGAGGCCAAAUAUAAAGAGAGAGGAACUGUUCUUGCAGAGGAUCAAAUAGUUCAGAUGUCCAAGCAGCUGGACAUGUUCAAGUCCCACCUGGAAGAGUUUGCCAGCAAGCACAAACAGGAAAUCCGCAAGAGUUCCCAGUUCCGGGUCCAGUUUCAGGAGAUGUGUGCCACUAUUGGAGUUGAUCCGCUUGCCUCCGGCAAAGGUUUCUGGUCAGAGAUGCUCGGUGUGGGCGACUUCUACUAUGAGCUUGGCGUGCAGAUUAUUGAGGUUUGCUUGGCCCUCAAGCACAGAAAUGGAGGACUCAUCACUUUGGAUGAACUCCAUCAUAGGGUGCUUAAGGGACGCGGUAAAUACGCUCAGGAUGUCAGCCAGGAUGACUUGGUUCGAGCCAUCAAAAAACUUAAAGUCAUGGGCAAUGGCUUCGGGAUGAUUCCGGUGGGUGGCUCCUACUUGGUGCAGUCCGUCCCAGCGGAGCUCAACAUGGACCACACAGUGGUUCUGCAGCUGGCUGAAAAGAAGGGCUACGUGACUGUGAGUGAGAUCAAGGACAGUCUCAAGUGGGAGAAUGAGCGAGCGAGUCACGUCCUGGAACACCGGGCAGGUGCUUUUCACCGUCACAUCUCGUGGCUGUAGACGUGGUCUUCGAACACGUUCUGCUCCAUGUCGUCGCAUAUGAGCGUGCAGAAGGAGCCCCAGUACUGGCUGCCCGCGCUCUUCUCCGAGCUCACCUCGCGUGAUGUCACGCCCGAGGAGGCCAACCAGAUGAGCCCCUGACCAAACUGUGGAUGGGUAUUUAUUAGCCCGUACUGUGACAUUGCAAGGAGGGCGGCGGGGUUUAGGGCAUGUGUGUCUGUACAAAUUAUGUCACUACCCCUAAAAUCAGUCACACCCUCAAUAGGUGAAAAUUCAUGAUAUUCUCAGCUACUUCUUGCUCUUACGCCGCUUCUCUUCUAUUAGGCCUCAGUGUUGCCCAUCCAAAUCUGCGAUAUAGCGGGGAAACACUGUCAUGUCUUCAGAUUAACUUCAAUGUGAUCAAGAACAGUUGAGCCUUUUGUUUUUAUGGCCGCACUUUAUUGUCUAAAAAUCAUGUCUCAUCAUGAAUAAAAAUACAUUUAGA